AUGGAGGUCGUCAAGGAACUGCUGCAGUUCAAGUCUGACUAUCCUGAUAUUCCCCCUCUCUCACGAGAAGAUCCGGUGGAUGACGCUCCCCUUGAGAUGGCAGUUCACUGGGAACGUUGCAGUAUCGCCGAGCUCCUGUUACAGCACCACUUUGACAUCAACGCAGCGUCAUGCGACAACCUCCGUGCCAUAGAUAGGACAUUCAUAUUCGACCUUCACAACAGACCAUGGGGAAAAGUAGGGACAAAGCUGGAAUUACUGAAACUCCUUCUGUCGCACGAAGACAUAGAGGUUGAUUACCCAGGCUACUCUAGCACUAACCCUUUGGCGAACGCUGCAGGUGAGGGGCGAGUUCCGGAGGUCAGCCUUCUGCUCGUCAGAGCUGAUGUCAACUGGAAGGAUCCUCACGGCAGGACAGCAUUGCAUUCCGCAGCAUUGCGUGGCAGGUCUGAGAUUGUGCGCAUACUAUUGAGAGAAGAGUCUAUCGAUGCGGAUGCUGUAUCGGUAGACGGGAGUACGCCUCUCAUGUGCGCGGCAGGUUGGCGAGGGAAGCAGGAUGAACGGCUGGAAGUCGUGCGUUUAAUACUUGAGCGUGCCAAGAUCCUGCUGCGCACAAUGCCACAGGGUUCUUAUGCGCUAUCUUUGGACACACGCCCAUCAUGUGGACCGGCAUCCAACAAUCCAACUCAAAGCUGCUCGGACCACAAGACAGUACCCUACUACUGCUCUAUCAACAUCAACAGAAGGGAUAACGGCGGCCGGUCCGCACUCAGCUGGGCUGUGCUUAACGAGCACCUGGAAAUUGUCGAGCUUCUUCUGCGUUGCGACGACAUUGACAUUACAUGGAAAGACGACAAGGGUCGGGACUUACUUAUGCUAGCAGCAAGCACUGGUAAUGAAAUGAUCAUGAAACUCUUUCUCUCAACAAUGGACGGUCCUUUAUCCCGCGACAUCGAUGGCGAGACCGCGUUGUUCUUUGCGGCGGGUUCGAACCAUCUAGCCGGGGUACAGAUGCUAUUCAAGGAACAAGAAAGGUCGCUAGAAUUCCAGAGCGGCAACUGGGGUGCUGUGUUACAUAGGGCAGCCUCACACGCUUUCGAUGCGGAGCUCCUACAGUUCCUGGUUGAUGAAGCAAUAUCAAGAGGCGUCAUAAUAGACGCGCCCGACGAAAGGGGUCGGACCCCUUUAUUUUACGCCGCCCAGAGAGGGCCUACCGACUUCGCCCGAAGCCUGCUGGCUCAAUCUUCUGUCGACCCUUUGAAAAAGGACCACCAUGGCUGUAAUAUCAUUUCUUCGGCCUGCAAAUCUGAAUGUGGGCAAACCGCCACCCUAGAGUUGUUACUGGACAUUGAGGGGAUCCAGGCAGACCAUGUGGACGAAAGGGGGCUUACACCCUUGAUGUACGCAGUAGAUGGUGACUUUCGAGAAGCUGCGGAACUACUCCUGUCUCGGAACGACGUUGACCCUUUUAGGAGACACGCCUUGGGAGAGCUAGCACCAUCACGAGCUGCUGACUGGUGCCAUGGGCAAGGCGGCCACGUAUUCUUUCGACUGCACGAGCUAGAUCUUCAGCUGCCCGACGCCGACGGCAGGACCUUGUUCUCACGUAUGAUCGGGCUGCCAAUAGACCUCGCAGAGGGGAUUCAGUUCAGGUCGCCAAACGUGAUUGACCCGGAUCGACCUGACAAGCGCGGUCGGACACCUCUCAGUUGGGCUGCUGAGUCUCCCGAGCACCACAAUGUAUGGGGAGAUGAUGAUUACCUCCAGGACCGGCGGGAUUUCAGGAUACUGCUUGAGUGGCGUGGGGUGAACAAAGACGCAGCGGACGAAAGUGGAAGGACUCCGCUCUCAUAUGCCGCGGAACGAGGGCAUCUGGCAAACGUAAAUGCCCUGCUCGAAUGUUCCGAGGUAGAUCCAAUGAGAACAGACAGACAGGGCCGCACUCCGUUGGAUUGGGCUGAGAUUGCAUUGAAGCGUCCUUCAGUCAAGCCCCUUUGGAAUGAGGCUACAGAGCAAGAUCUCAAGCUGAGAUAUAAGGUAGAGUCUGGACAUGACCUGCCGUACAUCGGCUAUGACAAUGUAGCAGAAAGAGAAGGAUUGGUCCAUUUCUUUGAGAUCGAGCACCGUAGAAGACUGAAGGUGAUAGAGAUGCUCAGGUCGGCGGUUGCAAAGCGUAUGAGAGAGGUUGCCGAAGAAGACUCCAGCGGAAGUGAUUAA